AUGAAACCAUUGGUUACAAGUACAUUGGUUAUAUUGUUGGUUGUGUUGGCUAGCUUGGCGAUGGUCAAUGCUACGGAUGCAGCCAAUUCCACUACCGCCACUACAACAAGCACCGGUAAGACUGUUACCACACCAAGUCCAACGCCAACCAAAGCCACAACUAAACCAGCAGCAGCAACAACAGCCUCUGCGACAGCAGGCAGUUCCGAACCAACCACCAAACCAACAACCAAGCCAACCACCAAACCAUCUACCACCUCUGGCUCUACGGACAGCAGUGUAAGCGAAUCGUCCACCUCUGACGAUGGUAUCGGUGCAUGUCCAUCCAACUACUCGAUGAAUCCAUCGAGCGAUGAAAACGUGCGUGCCAUGGUUGAUUUCUUCAAUCAACGUCCAUACCAAUUCUGUAAUCGUGACUCCACUCUGGUGCAAUUCGGUAGCGACGGUGAUAUUCCAACUCUUCAGAUGGCCGUCGACAAAUGUACCGAUAAAUGUGAUAUUCCCUAUCGUUGCUCAGAGGUCCAAUUGACCGACAACAAAUAUCCACCAGGUAAUUUUUCUGCCAAUCUACGUGUUUCCAAUGUGCCGGGUGUCACAACCAAGAUCUACAUUACCGACGGUGUCUACAGCAAGGAAUCGACUGCGUUCAUCAAGAUCACCGGUUCCAACACUACCUACCCAGUGGUAUUCGGUGUUGUUCGUGGUGGAACAUCGACUUCACAGCAACCGGUGCGUAACAUCAUCGGUAUCGACGUCACCAACACCUACAACAACUACAAGAUCGUUUGGUCAGAGUACAACGUUGAAUUCUUGCUUAACAACAACUCGAUCAUCAAAUUCGGUAAUCCAAUCGGUGGAAAUGUUUUGCAUGCCAGUUUCUAUAUUAGUACCUACGUGGACAAGAGUCAUUUGGAUAUCAGCGCUGAACUGCCAACCGCCACCCUGAUUAAAUCGGUCGAUGUCAUUCCAGAUCCAGAGUAUUGUGCGAAUACCGAUCCACAAGACAAAGGAAACUACAUUCAGAAACGUGAUCCAUACGCUUUCUACGAUGCCAGUUGCACCUACAAAUAUCCAGAUUGGAUCUACAAUGAUACCAUGUCGGAGCGUUGGGUCGACGCCACAACCUCGUUCCACAACAAUGCCUGGACACAAAAGACACAUCGUGGACAGAACGCAUUCCGUUUCGAUCUCAAAAAGUCAACCAACGUCUACUUCAAAGCAAAGAAAGCAUUCGAUAAGACCAAAUACAAAUUCUUGUCGUUCUGGAUCACCAAUGGUGACGGUGUCAAGGAUUCUCAGAUCGAAGUUUGGAUUAUGAGAAACAACUCUGCACGUGGUUCGGUCAACUUGAACGACUACAUCAUCGGUGGAAUGACUGGUGAAGAUUGGCGUAAAGUAAACAUUCCCAUGAGUAAAUUCAGUGAUCCCGCAAACAAGAACGAAAAGAUCUUCCAAGGUUUCAUCUUCAAGAGUGUCGUCGACAGCGCGUACAGUGGAUACGCACUCAUCGAUGAUCUCAACCUAAACAACGGUAAGAUCUGCCAGGAGAACGACACACUGCUUACCAUCUACAAGCGUGGUAAGCUUGGAGACGGUGUCGUAUUGAACAGUGAAAUCGAUCUCAAGGCUGCCGACGACGACAAGACUCUUGUGAUGAGUUGGCCACUCCAGUCGGCGACACGUGUCAGCUUGUCGUUCACCAACGGAACCAUCGACACCACCGAAUACAAUGGAUUGAAGAUCUCGUUUAAAUAUAUUCCCGACAACAACUUUGAGUACUACGGCAAUGAGGCGGAUCCAACUCAACGUCCACGUGCACUCCAAGCGUACAUUAUGUUCACGGUCGCUGGCAAACCAACACAGCGUAUCGGUCUCUCUGAGUACUACGGUGGACAAUUCGAAUUCAACAAAUGGAUCGAUUUCUACAUUCCAUUCUACGAAUUCGGUCUUUGGGAUGGUGCUGAAGUCGAUGGAUUCCAAGCGUACACCGAUCUUUCCGAUAUUCAAGGUGUCAUCACCGAUCCAAACGCAGACGAUGGUUCACCCGCUGUUAGAUUAUCAAGUACCAAUGGAUUAUUUUUAUUCGUCAUACUAUUCGUUUCAAUACUGUUACAUCUUUAA